UGCACUCUCCCUCCUCCUAAAAAGUUUCGAAUUCGCAGCGCCAGCCAAAAACGUGAACUGCUCUCAUUUCCAAAAUGGAGGCGAUGGGCGAAGGAGGAGGAGAAAGAGGCGAGUUAGGGUUAGGGUUUACAGAGAUCGAGACUAACGCCGAGGGUCUGAAGCCAUCCGAGAUCUUCCACAUCGUCAAGGAGCUGAUCGGAUUCGUCCUCUACAUGCACCAUCAGAUCCCUUCGGUUUUGCAGCAUCUCGAAGAUGAAUUUGACGCUUUAAAGGACGAGUAUAAAGGUUUGUUUUUUUUGCAGGAAUCUACCUCAGUAAAAGAAUCAAAGGCAUCGUUACAAAGACAACAUAACAUGAGAAAGAGAGAGGUUAAAUCAGGCAUCAAGAGGCUGGAAAAGUUGAUGAAUGCUAUUUCUAGUCUAGUUUCUGCUCUUAAAGAGGCAAUUGACGGAACUUCUAAUAUCCAUGGAGUUACUUUGGUUCUUGGUGCAAGUCCUGCACGACCUCAGCAUGUCUAUGAAAUGUUCUUCCCAUGUGGCAGAGUUGAUUCUGGAGAUACAACUGGUUGCAUUAAAAGCAAAGUUGCAGAAGCUCUGUCGAGAAAGGUCAUCCGAGCUUUGAUAUCAAGCGGUGCAGGGAGUGCUUCUUAUACAGGCCCCACUAAGUUGUUCCUUCUUGUCAGAAGUCCAUGUACACUGAACUUACCACUACACUUCCUCCCAAAACGUGAUUUCAAAUACCACAAGAAGGCUGUACCAUUCAGAUUACAUAUUAAAUCAAAGACUUACAAUGCGGUCGUGGGUGGUUGUCAUCAUACUUCUGAAAUUGGUCCCUCUGCCAGCCCAUUACACUCCACUUCUGAUGAUGUACUUUGGUUCCAAUGCAGGCAUACGGUUAGAGGAUUACCUUCUAAGGCUUCAGAAGCAGGAUGUUGAGAAUAGUACAUUUGUGCUUGAAGCCUUUCUUUUUUUCAACAAUGACAUGGUUUUUAGAUGAAGGACAUGGUUUCAAACGUAUUGACUAUAAAGCAACUCUCUUAUCUUUUGAUUGAGGCUUAAGAUUUCUUACGCGCUUCAUUGAAAUAUUAGCUGAGAUGUACUGUAUAUGAGGUGAAGAAUCUAAAUUCCUAUAGGUAUUGUAACAUUUGCUUGAAAUAAUAUGCGUGAAUGCUUGGAAUGGGUUUUGAACUAUUACGAUUUGAAUUUUCAAGGAAUUUGUGAUUGAAAGUGCCAGCAACCGGCAUUUAUGGCUUUGGUGAAGAAUGUACUAUGUGGCUAUUAGAUGUAUCAUUUGUAACAGAUAGAAAUGUAAAACUUUUGUUUAAUGCAAGGCAGGAUGAUUGUUGAUA